AUGUCGGGUAUUAACAAUACUAUAGAGGAACUACGAGAGAAAGUGCGAGCUCUAACCGCCGAAUUGAGCUCGUACAAGAUUGAGUCGAAAAGUAUGGAUCACUCUACCGUAGUUCAAAAACGACAGAAAAUCGAGAAAAUGAGCGCAGAGGUCGUUGAUUCCAAUCCGUAUAGUCGACUGAUGGCAUUGAAAAGGAUGGGUAUAGUGAAGGACUAUGAAAAAAUUCGAGAGAAAACGGUGGCCGUAGUGGGAGUUGGAGGUGUUGGUAGCGUUGUAGCCGAAAUGCUUACAAGAUGCGCUAUCGGGAAGCUACUUCUUUUUGACUACGAUAAAGUGGAAUUGGCGAAUAUGAAUCGACUGUUCUAUCAACCCCAUCAGUCUGGUCUUAGUAAAGUUGAAGCAGCGAAAGACACUCUUGUGUAA